AUGACAAACAGUUUCCCUUUCGAGGCGGAUGCUGCGUCCGAGGUUUCAGAUUCUAUGGGCGAUCCGUUGCGGGAGUAUGUUAACUCGCCAUACUUGCGCCGCCGAACUGUCGAUGGAGUUCGCAACCGAAGACUCCUUCGACGUGAUGGGGUUUCUCCGUCGUUUGAACUUUCCUUGGAUGGUGUGCUGUAUGCAGAUGACAGUCUUGUCUUGGAGCGCGUUUGCCUGGCCUUGGGCAACACUGACGACAAGUCUCCCUUGUACUCCAACAAAAACUGGUCAAUGGGCAUGUUUCGGAUCUUCUCGGGAAUCGGCAUGGUGUCCCGAAUGAAUUGA